AUGUCUCUGGAAGCCCUCUACCGCGACUACAUCGACUGCCUCAACCAUCGACGAUGGGGCGAGCUUGCCCGCUUCGUCUCGGACGACGUCAAGCACAAUGGCCGACCUCUAGGCGUGGCUGGCUACCGCGCCAUGCUCGUCGAGGACUGCGAGCGGAUCCCGGACCUGCGCUUCGAUGUAGUGCUGGUGGCCGCCACACCUCCGCUUCUGGCUGCCCGGAUCAACUUUGAUUGCUCACCAGCAGGAACCUUUCUUGGCCUGGCUAUCAACGGGCGACGGGUGGUCUUCUCGGAGAAUGUCUUCUACCGCUGGGAGGGCCAGCGUAUCGUGGAGGUAUGGUCCGUCUUGGACAAGCUCGCCCUGGAGGAGCAGUUGGCGGCGGGGACGAUUUGA